AUGCAGAAUCAAUACUUUGUAAAAGGGUUAGGAUUUAGUCAGAAAUAGGAGCCUUAAGAGACUCGAUCUUAUGGUCGUAUUAAAAAAACUCCAUAUUCGGCAUAUAACAAUAGAAGUUAUAAUUUAAACUAUCACGAUAUUAGGAUGUGUCAACAUCAUGUAAAAAAGAUGGUGGUUAUUCUCAAUAACGCGAUUAAGAAUUAGGCUGCAACAAUGUUCAAAUAUUUGAGGUAGUUUUGUCAACUUGAAUUAGAAGAAAUAAAGGCCUAAUUAAGAGUAAUCUAAGAAGGAUUGUUGAGAUUCCAACAUGCUAUAUCAUUAUACAAUUAGAGAUUAAAAGGCACUGGAUUUUUUUAUAUUGCAAAAGUGGAUGUAAUGUCCCAUUUGAAAAAAGAAUUAAGAAAUCAGCACUCCUUAUAGUAUUAGCCACUUACUCAUCAAAUAUUUAGGAAAUGGUUAAAGUUGACACUCGAAUUGAAAUUAAAUCGAGUUCUGAAAUAAUAAUAAUAGAAUAUGAUAGGUUUUUAUAAAUUCACUCUGUGCAAAAUAAUAACAAAAUAAGACUCAUUAAAAGUAUGGAGUUUUAAUAAAUUAAGAAUUACUCAAAGAAAAUCAAAGUUAAACAGAUUAAUAAUUAACUUAGGUUUAUAGUAUUUGAGACUUAAUCUAUAUAAUGCUGAAGAUGCGACUUACUAAUACUUAAGGAAACCACAUUUAUUAUAAUAAAUAGAGGCAUUCUAAAAAAUAAAGCAUUAUAAAUAUUUCAACUCCAAUCAGCAUUACUUUAUUUUAAUUUUAGUCAACAAAUUCAAUAGUAAAUUACAUGUAUUGAGAACAUUGUUCUUUUCAUCCAUUAAAAGAGUUGAUCAUCAUAUAGAGUAUGUGGUACCAAACGAAUAAAAAUAAUAAUUCGACAUAGAACUAGCAAGAUAGUUAGUUCAUUGCAAAUUGGAACACUAAAAACUAUAAUAGAGAUUUAUUAAAAAAUCAAAUUUGCAUGCUCCAAUUGGAAUCUUUGAAUCAAUCAAAACAAUAUUUUAUAAAUCAAUGCUACCCUGUUUCAUUCGAAUACGAGGAUCUCUAAAAUAAUCUUAAGCACAAGAUAUUGAAGUUUAAGAUGGAAUCUCAAAAAAUUUAAGCAUUUUAGCGAGUAAACUAAGCUCAAAAAUUAAAACGAAAAAUCGAAAAUCUUAAAACUUAGACAUUAAUUUAAGACUUGAAACAAUUUUCAGAAAGAAUUACAUGCAUGAAAGAAAACUAAUAUUGAAUUCAUUAAAGAAAUGGUAAAUGAUUACAUUUCCUGUCUAAUUAUACCAUGAUUAUGAGAUGAGAUUAAAAGUAUUGUAAAAUGAAAAGGAAGUAAUAAUGACUGACAUUGAAUAACUAGAAAUAUUGAAUAAUGAAUUGAUGAAUACCAUGAAUGAAGUUAAAAAAACUUUUCUAUCUGAUGAAUCCAAUCUUAAUACUUCCAAAAAGAAUGACCAAAAACAAAUAGAAAUCCAAAGAUUUGAUAUUUAAGAUAACCUAACCUCACAGAAAGAGAUCAAGAUUGCUUUUGAAUAUGUUGAUUACCUCAAAGAAGAUAAUAUUGAUUUAAAGAAGUAAGUUCAAUUGAAUGAGUAACUUAUGAUGAACGAAAUUUAAUAAUUAGAAUAAGAACUCUAAGAACUAAAAAAUUAAUUAUCAAAUUGA